AUGGCGCCUGCCGAGACUCCUGUUCAAGCUGCUGGGCUCGCUGAUGGCCUUCACCCAAGCCAUACUUACGUUCCCAACGAAGGCUACGUGAACCCAGGCAGCAACGAGUCUGACUUGGCGGAGCAGAAUCUCACCAGCCAACAAGAGGAAGAGGAUGACGAUGAAGAGUACUACGAUGAUAUUUUCGAGGAGGAUAUGGAUCAGGGCGAUUUCUUAUCUCAAAAUUCCGCCGAUCUGACCAAAGCCUACAACCGCCAACGGAAACUGAACGACCUGGCCGCCGACCCCAAUGUGCCGAAAUGGACAUAUCCCAAGACUAAUACGCAGAAACCGACGGUGAACACCUACGCCUCCGUGGACGACCAGGCCAAGUCAUUGACUCGGCAUGCCGCCAAAAUCAAGCUCGAUGACCAGCAGGCCGGGUUGUCAACUCGAGGCGAGCGCGGAGGAGACAAGUCGGAUCGAGCGACGUCGGAGCAAGUGCUGGACCCACGUACUCGGAUGAUUUUGUUGCAGAUGAUCAAUCGAGGCCUUGUUUCUGAGAUUCACGGAUGCCUCUCGACUGGAAAAGAGGCCAACGUGUACCAUGCCAUCUCGUUCCCGGACGACGACGAGGACGCAGCCCCCCAACACCGAGCGAUCAAGGUCUAUAAGACGAGCAUCCUGGUAUUCAAGGACCGAGACAAGUAUGUGACAGGCGAGUACCGAUUCCGCCAGGGAUACAACAAGAGCAACAACCGAGCAAUGGUGAAAGUGUGGGCGGAGAAGGAGAUGCGCAAUCUGCGACGCAUCCACACCGCCGGCAUUCCUUGUCCCGAGCCGAUCUUCCUUCGAUUACAUGUUUUGGUCAUGGGCUUUCUCGGCAGCUCCAAGGGACUAGGUGCUCCCCGUCUGAAGGACGUGGAGUUCAAUAUUUCCGACCCUGAAGCCCGAUGGCACAGCCUGUACGUCGAAUUGCUGGGGCUUAUGCGCGUGAUGUACCAGACUUGCCGGUUGGUGCACGCUGAUCUGAGCGAGUACAAUAUUCUCUAUCACAAGGAGCGCCUCUACAUCAUCGAUGUCAGCCAAAGUGUCGAGCACGAUCAUCCCCGCAGUCUGGAGUUCCUGCGCAUGGAUAUUAAGAACGUGAGCGAUUUCUUCCGUCGCAAGGGCGUGCACACGCUGUCUGAACGGACAGUGUUCCAGUUCAUCAUUGCCACUGAAGGGCCUGCGGAGAUCACUUCUUCGAAUCAACAGAUGGUCGAUGCCAUUGAGAAGCUCUUUGCGGCCCGUACAGAUGCCGACGGAGAAGAGGAGUCUGAGGAAGUUGACACGGCCGUCUUCCGGCAGCAAUACAUUCCCCAAACUUUGGAGCAGGUCUAUGAUGUUGAGCGCGACGCGGAGAAGAUUCGUGAUGGCAGCGGCGCCGACCUGGUGUAUGGUGAUCUCCUAGCGCGCGGCAAGAAGGAAGAAGAUGCCGAGUCUGAUGCUAGCGGCGGUGUCUCUGUAUCCGGUUCGGAGUCCGAGGACAGUGGAGAUGAAGAUGACGCACAGCCUCGUGACCCGUUCGAGAAGAAACAGCCGCGUGGGAAGCGUUUUGAAGACAAAGAUGCUAAACGCGAACACAAACAAAAGGUCAAAGAGGAAAAGCGUGAGCAACGAUCGAAAAAGAUGCCCAAGCAUAUGAAGAAGCGUCUCGUUGCGUCGUCCACAAAAAAGAAGAAAUAG